AUGACGUCCUGGCGGCUGUCGGGCGCGCUCGCUUGCUUCACCCUUUUCGUCCCGACAAUCAUGGCCGAGGACGCCUUUCAAUGGACAUGGCGCAGGCUCAAGACAGAGGCAGGCCUCGGCGACGACGACUUGAGGCUCGUGGAGAAGGCUUUUGGCUUCGUGUGGACCUUUUUGGCCCUGGCCGUGGUCACGCCCGUCUUCAACUAUCCCCUUCAGCGCGUCCCGACCAAGAGCAACCCGCAGUAUGUUGUUCCUUGGAGCUUCUUCGGGCCUGAUUACGGGGGCACGCUGAGCAAAUAG